UCCCGGCAUGGUCUGGCGCCAUGGGGGGAACAAAGGACGCCUGCUUGCUUCUGCCAGCUCUCUUAGUCUUCUUUCAUGAUGGAACAGUGAGAAGGAGUACAACUGUCGUACAUCAGCUCUCUUAGUCUUCUUUCAUGAUGGAACAGUGAGAAGGAGUACAACUGUCGUACAUCAGCUCUCUUAGUCUUCUUUCAUGAUGGAACAGUGAGAAGGAGUACAACUGUCGUACAUCAGCUCUCUUAGUCUUCUUUCAUGAUGGAACAGUGAGAAGGAGUACAACUGUCGUACAUCAGCUCUUAGUCUUCUUUCAUGAUGGAACAGUGAGAAGGAGUACAACUGUCGUCCAUCAGCUCUUAGUCUUCUUUCAUGAUGGAACAGUGAGAAGGAGUACAACUGUCGUACAUCAGCUCUUGCCAUUGUCGACGACAUGCAGGGUGGCGGAUAUGUCCCGUCGUCAGGAGAGCAACCUCAUAGCGUUGGAUAUGCUGUAGCAAGUGGAAUCAGUGAACAACCUCAAGGGCAAAACAAAUUUGUGGAACCUCGACUGAGAUUUGAACGGGACAUCGGCAGGAGGAGAAUCCUCGAGAUUCUUCGUGCUGUGGCGAAUGACGGAAGGAUAUUUGAGCAUGGCCAGCAAGGAAAAGCAUGGCAGGAACAUGUUGAGCAACUGAAUCAACAAGAAAUCUUUCAGAUAGGAGGGAAAGGCGCACUCAAGGUGGGAACUGCUAAAGAAAAGUUCCUGGAAGGACUUCGAGCGUGGAAGUUCGUCGGUGCUUUCGAUGCGGACCAGCGCCAUCGCGCUUCAGAUAUCUCGCGGCAGGUCCUUCCGUUUGCGGAGGAAGCGUCAAGGAAGAGGAGUGCCUCCGUGGCACUGGACGACUUCUACCUCACUCCAGGGCUCUUUGAUCGCGAGGAGGCACGCAGUAUUGCCGAGAGGAAGCUUGCUGCGGAAGAGAAGCGUGCAAUCGCGCAAGAGAUACGAGCGAGGGCUGAGCUGAUGACAUCGCAAGCAAAAAUGAUGGAAAGAAUGCUUGAAGCAAGGCAACAGGGGAUUCCCGUACCAGAAGAUUUCCUUGCAAGAUUGAUGCAAUGAACCUCGAUCAUGACAGUCGGACCGGCAACGCACCGUAAUGAGUCAUGUCAUGUAAUGCUGAAGUGUGAAUUAUUCAAGUUCGGAUUAUGAUUGACACAAGACUGAUCCCUGGGCUCGGGUAAUGAACGGCCCGGGCCGUCGGCGGUGGGACUAAACCUGCUGGAUUGUGAACCUGCUGGAUUGUGGGGCCGUCACAAGUUUCUUAGGCUCGGCGAUGAGAUAAAUUAUGUACAGCUGCAGCCUUGCAUCCGAGCAUGUGGCAGACAACUCUCUUGUCAGUACUGGUGUCUGGAGACCGCAGGGCACCUUUGUUUGUGCCACUGUGCUAACAAGAGAGCAGUCUAUCAGAGAGGUGAUGUGACAAGCGCUGUGAGGGGCAUCGUGAGAUCAAAGACCACGACGCGUGAUCAGAUCGGAUCAUCAUGGAGUCCAGGUCCACACAUCAGAAGCCUUCAUAUCCUCCAGAACAUCAAUAAUUUUUUUUUCGAAGUAGCGAAAGGAUAGAAGGCGUAGAAUUGAUGAGAUUUGAAAUAGGCAC